AUGUCCCCACAAGCUGUAUCCAGCACCUCGACGCCACUCUACCGCGUCUUUCGCGGUCUCAAGUCGACACAGGUCAUCGCCGUGCCUGCCACAGAAGCUGAAUGGCUCGUGGCGUUGAACGAUUUCAAAAGCAUUUACCUGGCAGGAAGAUGGAAAGAGUGUGAGACAAAAUGCACAAGACUGCUUGAGGCUGCCAAGAACAAGCCAGUAAUACACCCAUAUCUACUGUUUCUGAUAGGAACCUGUGUCGAAAUACAUGCCAGAAAUAUGCACCAGUACUCGUCUGGCAAGGGGAAGAAAGUGAAAGAAGCAGCAGACUGGUUUGAAAGAUGCGAGAAAGCGUUGCCCCAGUCCAUGGUGGUCCCAUGCCCAGAGCCCACUAUUGACAAUCCUAUUUUCAGAACGCCUGUCAAUCGACAAGGGCUGGUAGUAGCUCCUGUCGACGACUCGCCUUUGACCGCUUUCGGAGAGCGUGGCCGCUUUUCACCUCAUCACGACGAGGAGCUAACACAUUCCAAGCACUUCAGCUUUGGUAGCAAUGCUAUGGUGUCUUCUCUAACAGAUAUGAGUUAUCUAAACAUGGAGACUCACUCUCCUGACGAGACCGAUCCGUUUAUUUCCCUCACUCCUGAGUCGGAAUCUGCCAGAGCAAGAUUGGACGACUGGUCCAUCCCUCCGCCACCUAAACUCGCGCCGUUGCCCUUGCGUAUUCGCAAAGUGAAUGCAGACGAUACUUCGAAGAAGCAUGUUCCCAAAAUCCCACAGUUUACUACAAUUCCCUCGCCCUUCAGCCAGGCUAGUCCUACGAACGGCAUUCAUUGGUUUGACGAAGACGACUCCUCAAGCCCCCUGCGAGGAGUGGAAGUGCAGAACAAUGAGGUUACUGAGGUUUACGGCGACGAUCCCUUUUCAGAUCAUCACGUUGUUAAUGCCAGGUACAACUAUUUCGAUUAUGAUGAUGAGGUUUUUCGUCGGGACAUGGACAACGCUGUCGAUUUCCACACUAGCCCAGCACUGUCUUUCAAAUACGACAGCUUUGACAGAGACUCUGGAAGGCAUGCUGUUUUGCAAAGGGAAGAUUCUAGCUUGUGGUUCAAGAAUCAUCGCUCCAGUCUUAAGCCCUCGCCACUACGUAUCAGACCGAAAAAGACACAAGCCACCACCACGCCUGAUGGGGGCUCAGACUCGGACAGCACCUCGCUCGCGUGCCUGCAACGUUCCUGGGAAAUAUCUUCUUUUGAGGGUACCUACGCAACUGACUCGGACGCGCACUCUCUUCAUGCUGUUGAGUCGACUUGGUCUCCACUCUCAAGACAAUACCAUGCCUCGCUGGCUGCCGAAAACGAGCGUUUUCAAACCCUGCGUGCGCGUAUUACCAGGUACAACAAUCAUCUCACCUCUCUCUCCAAUCAGCUGCAGGAGACCGUCCGAUGUCUGCACCAGCUUGCGAUGGAUAUUGACUCGAACCGUACUACGCAUAUUGAAGCUCGCAGGAUCCAGCCUACAAAGUCUUAUUGGAGUUUUGCGGUGAAGAACGAAUCUGGAAGUGCUGUGGACGCAAGCAAUAGCGACGACUAUGAUGAGCAUCGGGACAAACCUGAGAUGAAAGCAAAUCUUAACUGGGCGGCGCCAGGAACAAUCCUCAAUGAAACCAAAGAGGAGAGAAUCAAAAGAUUGCGGGCGGGUAGAUUUGAAACUGUAGGUAUGCAGAACGAAAAAAGAGGCCACAAGGGAAGGGGUUGGUAUUUGGAUCUAUGCGAAGAGGUUUUGGACGAUAUUGAAGGAUUGAUGAGGGGGAUUUACUGA